AAUCGCCCGCACCUUUGGGUUCAGCAACAGAGGCCACGGACUCUAUCUAGCCUCGCCAUCGGAAUUGCAAAAGUUCACGUUGUGUUCAGACUUUUGCUCGGAUCUAUCGGAAAUGCUGGGCGAACUGUUCCUGACCUGCGACAUGCCCGAGCCGCCCAAAGUGGGCUUCUUCAAGGGGCUGUUUGGAGGCGGAAGCAGCCAGCUGGACCGAGAAGAACUAUUUGGUGAGUCCAGUGGAAAAGCGAACAAAGCGAUAGCGAAACACAUUCCGGGCAGUAUGCAAGAUGUGGCCCAAAGGGCGUCGACCGCAAGCGGGGAAGUGAACCGCGCCCACAAGUUGAUGUUGGAGCGCGGCGACAAGUUGAGCCAGUUGGAAGAUAGAGCGGAGCGGAUGCGGAAUGAGGCGGAGAACUUCAGUUCAUCGGCUCACGAUUUGAUGAACAAGUACAAAGACAAAAAGUGGUACCAGUUAUGAACUAGUUUCACAGCUGACUUGGUGUAUUUUGGUCGCUUGGAAGCUAGAUGUUGUAUGGGCUGUAUCCUGGCGUUACUAACUUGAAAAUCUGAAAGUAACUACUCAGCUCCUACUAUGGUAUACAUACUCCCUGAUAUGUUGUCCUCAACCUGAGGACGUGAGUUUUUAUGUAUAAGAACUUAGAUCUAAAUUAUACCUAAUCAGAACAAUUUCUACGUUUGCUACUGAUAAACUUACUGACUAAGCUUUAUAUUAGACUGUUGAUAGAAGGAAUAGUAUAUAACGCGACCUAUU